AUGACUUUCAAGUCCGAUGUCGUCUUUGAGGAGAUCAAGGAGAGAAUCCAGACGGAUAAGGAGAUGGUCAAGAAGGUAGGAACCUCGUUCCGUAUGACCAUCGCUGGAGCUGAUGGAGCUACCAAGGUAUGGACAAUUGACGCCAAAUCAGACACCCCAUACGUCGGAGAUGACGGAAGCCGUCCAGUUGAGAUUGAAAUCAGUAUCAAGGAUUCGGAUUUCAUCGCUAUUGCUCAAGGAAAACUGAAGCCAGAUCAGGCCUUCAUGCAAGGAAAGAUGAAGCUGAAAGGAAACAUCGCCAAGGCCAUGAAGCUCCGCACCAUCCUCGACCCGAAGAUGCUCAAGGCCAAGCUCUAA